CACUGGCCGAACGCUUCCGGGUCGCGGCAGGUCAGAAGUCAUUUCUAGGAUCUGACAGCCAUGGCGGCGGCGGAGCCGGCCGAGGUGGAGGAGGCCGCGCAGGUCUUCCUGCUUAUGCGGAAGGGACAUCGCAUCUCCCGCAACGUACGCCUGGCCUGGUUCCUGAGCCGUCUCCGCCAGACUGUCAGGCCGGCCUCGGCGGAAGAGCUGCAGCACUCUGAACCCGAGCUGGCUGUGCUCAGCGUCCUCCCUCCCGGCUGGCAGCCAGAUGAGCCGCUUGGGCCGCCGCGCCCGCUGCUGCUGGUGCCCUCCACGCGUGUCACCUUCCUGGCGUGGCGCUAUCGCUUCGUCAUUGAGCUGGACCUCAGCCCCUCCACUGGCAUUGUGGAUGACUCCACUGGGGAAAUUCUCUUUGAUGAAGUGUUCAGGGCUCUUUCCCGAUGCCUGGAGGGGCUGCUACGGCCCUUCCAAGUCCCCGGUUCCUCCAUCACUUUCCAGCCAGAGAUCUAUGUCACCAUCCAGGCAUAUUCCUCCAUCAUUGGUCUACAGUCCCACCAGGUAUUGGUUCAGGGCUAUCUCUUGGAACCAUCUCGCCGAGAAGCCUUCUUACAGCAGGUGUAUGCCCAACUCUGUGUCUUCGAGAACAAGGUGGCUGCUACCCUUCAGCAACAGUAUGAGCCCCGGAGCCAGGUAGAGGCAUCCCUUUUGGGCCAAGACCGGCCCCCAAGCUCAGCAGCAGUCUCCAUGGUGACAGCCGAUGUUGGCCUCAUCAGUAUGAUCCGUCAAGGCAUCCUAGCUCUGCAGCUCCUGCCUUCUAACUCCAGUGCUGGCAUCAUUGUGAUCACGGAUGGGGUGACCAGUGUCCCAGAUGUUGCCGUGUGUGAGACACUGCUGAACCAGCUCCGCAGUAGCACGGUUGCGUGUUCCUUUGUGCAGGUGGGGGGCGUGUACUCUUAUGACUGCAGCUUUGGUCACGUGCCUAAUGUGGAGCUAAUGAAAUUCAUGGCCAUGGCGACUUUUGGUUCCUACCUCUCCACGUGUCCUGAGCCUGAGCCUGGCAACCUGGGAUUGACUGUCUACCACCGGGCAUUUCUCUUGUACUCUUUCCUGCGCAGUGGGGAGGCCUUGAAUCCCGAGUAUUACUGUGGUUCCCAGCACCGGCUGUUUAAUGAACAUCUGGUAUCAGCCAGCAGUAACCCUGCCCUGGCACUGCGGCGGAAAAAGCACGCUGAGAAGGAGGUGCCCGCUGACCUGGUCAGCACUGUGUCUGUACGACUGAGGGAAGGCUACAGUGUCCGUGAGGUCAGCUUGGCCAAAGGGGGCUCCCACUUGGAGGUAAAGCUGGUGCUCCUCUGGAAACACAACAUGAGGAUCGAGUAUGUGGCCUUGGCCCCCUGGCCCCUGGAGAGCUCAGGGCCUCGGGGGACAUGGGUGGAGGUGACCAUGGAGGGAGGCUAUGAUAUCCUGCAUGAUGUUUCCUGUGCCCUGCGGCAGCCUAUCCGCUCCCUCUAUCGAACUCAUGUCAUCCGCCGCUUCUGGAACACUUUGCAGAGCAUUAACCAGACAGACCAGAUGCUGGCACACCUCCAAGCUUUCUCCUCUGUCCCAGAGCAUUUCACACUUCCUGACAGCACCAAAAGUGGAGUUCCCCUCUUCUAUAUCCCACCUGGCUCUACCACCCCAGUGCUCUCCCUUCAGCACAGUGGCUCUGACUCCUCCCACUCCCAGUUUGCUGCUUACUGGAAACCCGUUCUCUCCAUGGAUGCCAACUCCUGGCAGCGCUGGCUACACAUGCACAGGCUGGUGCUGGUCCUUGAGCAUGACACGCCUAUCCCCAAACACCUGCACACACCAGGGAGUAAUGGACGCUACAGCACCAUCCAGUGCCGUAUUUCACAUUCUGCAUUGACUUCUCUUCUCCGGGACUGGAGCAGCUUUGUGCUCGUGGAGGGUUACUCGUAUGUCAAACUGCUGCACAGUGCCCCAGACCUGCCCCCUUCCUCCUUCUACAUGGUCCGAAUCAUCUCCAAAGCUCCGUGCAUGGUGCUCAGACUUGGUUUCCCCAUCGGCACGCCAGCCCAGUUACGCAAUAAGAUUGUGGAUGAGCUGCGGGAGGAGAUCUUGAAGCUGCGCUUCCCCCACCGUGUACAGAGCAAGGAGGCCACCCCCAAGGUGAAGCGGAAAGGACUUGGGGCAGGCAACUCCCCCUCAAAAUCUCCCCCACUUCUUGUGCCUCAACCCACCUUGUCUGAUCGGCCCUGCCUGAUAGUCCUGCAGAAGCCCCUGGAUAAGCUACUGAUCAGGUAUGAAAAGCUACCCCUGGAUUACCGAGCACCCUUCAUGCUGACCCUGGAGCCUCCAGGCCCAUUGCCCCUGGUAUCUGGCCGCUCAGCCUCCUCUAGCCUGGCCUCCUUGUCACGAUACCUCUAUCAUCAGAGAUGGGUAUGGACUGUCCAGCCUGCCCUGGCCCCUGUCCUCCCUCUCAGUGCUGUUGCCCAGCUGCUCUCCACACUUACUGAAGUCCGUCUGGCUGAGGGUUUCCAUUUUGCCUCCAGUGGGGAAGGAAUUAUUACAAUGGUCCUAGAGCUUCCAAUCCAGAGUGAGUCUACUGGCGUGGCAGGAGGAAAUGAAACCCCUACUUGCAUUGUGCAGUAUCUCCUCUUCCCUCCUCAUUCCACCUCUACCAAGGACAGCUUUUCUACAGAUGAUGACAAUGACGCAGAAGUAGAAGCCCUGGAGGGAGAUUCUGAGCUGAACUUGGUCACUGAGGUCUGGGUGGAGCCCCAGUGUGGUCGUGUGGGCCCUGGCCCUGAGGGCUGCAGGCAUCUUCGUGGCCUGACCUACCCGGAGAUUCCCCGAGCACUCUUUCCCAGGGAUGUUGCCUGCGUUGGCUCCAUGCUCAGCUUUGAGUACCUAAGCCAUCUCUGCCAGAGCAAGGAAUGGAGCCCCCCACCCUCCGAGCCCAGGGCUCCUGAUGGACGUGACAUGGUGGCAGGUUCCUGUGUCCAUGAGAUCCCAUUCCGUUUUGACUUGAUGCAGCUGUUGCUACGCUGCCAGCGAAUGCAAACAUCCUUUGUCCUGCUCACCAGAGAGACUGAAGGCCCUAGCUCUGAGGCCCACUGUCCUGCCAAUGAUACCCUGCUGGGCCUACUGCACCGAUGCUUGGGGCAGGAGCUGAGUGACCGUGAACUCCCUCUUUCUGCUGCUGAACAAAAGACCUUUCUGAGCCAGGUGUUGCAGUGGGGAGCCCCAGGCCCAGUCCUUCUCUUGCUUCCAGAGGCACGUCCCUCCCUGGAGCCCCAAGGUCGCACAGGCAGUUCUCAGGAUCUUCCUCUGGAGACCUCACCCCCUCAAUGGCGGUGCUAUGGCCGGCUUGUGACGCCACAGCAUGUGCUGCUCACCUUCCUCCCAAGCACCCUCACAGACGUCCAGCGACUAGUUGCUUGUGGUCUUGGCCGGCCCCUUCAGGAAGAGAUGAGGCCUGCAUUGGGGGAGUGGAAUGCCAUCUCUAGCCCUGAGGAUUUAGGAGGAGUGGGCCAGAAGGAUACUAAAGCCAUCAUCCCUGCCCUCAGUGUGACCCCUGCCAAUGACCAAGCCAAGGAUCAGAGGGAGCUCACUCCGCCUUCUGGAAAGGACCCUCAGGCCUGGCCUGGGCGUCAGUCCUCCCAAACUGAGUGUGGGGAAGGGCCACGCACUCGAUGUCCAGUCUAUGUCUACAGCUGCUCAUUAGAUGCAUUGAGAGAGCAGGUGGUCAGCACACAACCCUGCAGGUCUCCUCAGGAGCUUACCCUCACGUCUCAGUUCCUUGAGCACCCUUCCCCUACAUCUGCCUGGCUGGACCCCAAGUUUAAGGAAGUGGCAGAUCACUGUGCCCUGCUUCAGGAACAUGCCCAACGUUGCUAUGUCCGAGGCCUGUUUCGCAGCCUCCAGCAGGCCCAUGCCGUGAGCUCCCAGGACCUCCUGGUAGCUGUGGAUGCCUGUGAGGAGCUGCUUCAGGAGAUUGACAUCACAUCAUUCCUGUUGGCGCUUUGUGGUCAUGCUCAUGGCCUGCCCCAGGGGCCUGGGAGCUAUAGCCUCGAAGAGAGCUCUGAGCCUCGUGACAAGGCAGCCCUGGCUUCAGAGUUGAGUGCAGAGGCAGAGGAUUACAGUGAGCCUGAAGCCCAGCGCACGCAAGGCCCAGGCAUUCCUGGGCCUGAGCUCCUUCUCUCAGAGGUCUGCCAGCUCUCAGAUGGGGUCCACAGCCGGCUGCACAGCAUCAUUCAGGAAAAGUUCUUGGAGAUCAGUCGCCUGCAUUUCCGAACAGUGCCCUCCAACCCCCACUAUUUUUUCUACUGCCCACCCUCCAGUAAACGUGAGCAGGAUGAGAGCUCUCGAGAUACCCUGGACAGGAAAGUCAGUGACUUGGAGCUCUCAGAGGCUGAGCCAAUAGGCGAUGAAGGAGAGGUGUCAGGGGGCUGCAUUGCCACAGAGAGUGACCCAGAGCUGGAGGUGGAAUAUCGAGAUAGCCGGGACCCAGAGGGGGAGCCUCCAGACUCCACAUCCCUGUCUGAUGAGGACACCAUGAACCCUGAUGAGGACUCCUUUAGUGUUCUGGGAGAUGAUGCUAACCCUGAGGGCACUGCCCAUGACCUGCCUCCCCUCUUCUUGCACCUCACGUGCUCUGUGCGCCUCCGAGGACAGCACAACUCUGUGCCUGUGCAUACACUGCCCACCUGCCUGGGUCAGGUUUUGUCAUUUCUGGAGAGCCCACCCUCGGGAGGUCGCCUGGCUUUGCUGGACCUCAGUGUGACAUUGGACGUCUUCAUCCUCACACUGCCUCUGGAGGUAGAGCUGCCUCCACCCUCUGACCCCCAGCAUCACAGAUCUGUCUCUGAGAGCAGUACCUCUUUCCCUCGGUCUCCUGGGCGACCCUCUUCCUUCCGCUCUGAUGACAGCCUGGGGCCCUCUCUGCCCCCACCAGAGAUAGAGAGGCAACCAGGUCUGUCCAGCCUCCCCUUACCCCACAGGCAGGCAAUCGAGACCACCAUGAGUGAGAUUCGCUGGCUGCUUGAAGAUGAGAUGGUGGGGGCCCUGCGUCAGGGGGGUGCUCCCAGCAGCUCCUCUCUCCAGCGAGUAGCAGCCCACAUCCAUGCUUCCCCUGGACGCUCGACCUGCCUUCGACAGACACUGCCUCUCAGCUUUGUCUUUGGACCGGAACGCUCCUUGGCUCGGUUUAAAGAGGAGUUCUGCCGACUUCAUCUCCCAGGCCACUCCCUCUGCCAGGACUCUGCCAGUGGCUGCUUCUUUGUGUCUGUUAGCCCCAGCUCCUGUGAGGAGUCCCCAACCCCCUGGGCCUGGCUCAGUCGUGAAGACCAGGUAGCACACUCUGGCCCCACAGAGGCUCUGCCAACCAGUCCCCAAGUCCCUGGGUCCCCUGAUGACACUGAAGGCUCCACUCUGGGUGGCUCCACUCUGAGUGCCUUGUCCAGUGCGAUGCCACUGGGGUCUCAUGGAGUCCAAGGGAAUCAUCCUGGGCCCAGUCGAGGGCAGAGUGUUGUGUCUAGCCAGGGCAGUGUGGACUCUGACCAGCUGGGCUAUGAUGGGGGCAGCAGUAGUGGCUCAGAAAAUGAGGGACCAACGGUGACCCCAGGGGAAAAGGUUGUCCCCACACUGAAGGAACCUUCAGGCCUCCUGCCAACAAACCCUCUGGGCCAGGAGACAUCCUCAAGGCUGGCCCUGCGUCAGCAGCACACCCCCACCCUCCCAGAACUUCGUCUGCCUGACUUCUGGCUCCUUGUGCGUGUGAUGCAGGAUCGAGUAGAAGUUUAUGCCCAUGCACGGAGCCUUGGUCGGGAUGAGGGUGGACCAGGCGCUGAGUGCCGGCAUCUACAGCAGCUCUUGGCAAAGAAGGUUGGAGAGAUCUGCCGGGAGGUCAACCAGCGACUACUUCUUCAGGAUCUCCAUGACAGCCAUGUCUGUAACUCCCUGCUUGUGGCUGAAAGUGAGGAGGAUCUAUGGCGGAGUGAGACCCCUUUCCAUCCCCGACAGCGGGCCCUGCUGCCCAGUGAUGAUUAUGCUGCUGAUGAGAGCUGUCCCCCUCGAGGCUACCUGGCAGCCACAAUGCAGUUCGUGCCAGGACACUUUUCCUGCAAUGUUGUUUGGGGAACCGUGAUCCGUGUCCAUUCCCGACUCAAGAUGGGGCCUAGCAUGGGGGUAUCCCGGGCCAUCCAGGCCCUUCGUUCUGUGCUCAACGCCUUCUCAGUGGUGAACAGGAAGAACAUGUUUGUAUACCAGGAGCGAGCAACUCGAGCUGUCUACUACCUGAGACUUGUAGAGACAUCGUGCAGUGAGAAGCUCCUGGAUGGGGAUGCUCUGCCCCCCUCCCUGGCCCUCUCCAGAAGCCAGGAGCCCAUCUGCCCUGAGGAAGCCUCGGGCCCUCGAUCCCCACUUGAUGUAGCCUCCAGCCGGAGCUCUGAGACAGCCCGCCCUGUGGGCCAGGUGGACCGACAUAUUCAGCUCCUGGUACAUGGUGUGGGACAGGCAGGCCCUGAGAUCACAGAGGAGCUAGUGCGAGCCCUGCACCGGCGCCUGGACGAGGCCACCUUGGAUAUCAUUACUGUCAUGCUUGUGCGGAACUGCAAACUCACCCCUGCUGACGUUGAGUUCAUUCAGCCACCUGGAAGCCCCCCCUCAGAGGUGCUGCACCUGAUGCUGCCACCUGCCUGUCGACCCUGGCUCCCGGCGUUGGCCUGGUAUCUGCGGCAGAACCUGCUCAUCUUCCUGCACUCGCCAAAGUAUACAGACAGCAACAGUCGCCACCACUUCCAGCACCCUUUCCACCCUCCUAGUGGCCUCCCUGACUCUGAUAUUUACCUCUACAACAAGCCUGGAGGUCAAGGCACUGGAGGAAAAGGGGUUGCCUGCAUUGCACUGUCCUUCAUGGAUGAAGGGGGCACCCCCAUCUCAUUGGGGCUCUGGCCCCCUGUUUCCCUGGGAUCCCUGGACCUGCUACAGGAUACUGAGUUUGAGAGCCUCACCAGGGUCACCUGCUGCCCCACCCCAGCACACAGUACUGCUGCAGGUCAGGGCCAGGUCUUGCAGCUAAGGCUGGACAUAUGGGAGAAGGGGAAUAUCAGCCGCUUACAGCUAGAAGAGAAAUUGCGUGGAGCCACCCGACAUGCAUUGGCUGAUGCUGUCAUGGAGCUCCAGCUGCUGCCAGCUCCUCUGUGUGUAGAGGAGGCCCUUCCAGGGAGCCCAGGGAGUGCUUCACUAGAGGCCAAGAGUCGAGGGGACCCAUCCAGCACUUCCCCUCUCCCCUUCCCGCCAGUCCCAAGCUCAGGAGAACCUGUCACUCCCCCAAGCAAAAUGGGCCGGCGCAGCUUCUGGGAUAUGCUGAGUAAAGCUGAAUGUGGAGACCUUGGUUCCCCAAAAACAACAGAUGACAUUGUACUGGAAAGGUCAGAAGAGACCAGAGGACGGAGGCGGCACAAGACUGAGAGCAUCCGGCCACCAGGAGGACCAGAACGGACUCCAGCCCCAGAAAUGAGUGCCCAGGGACACAGGCGCAGAGCUACACAGCUAGAAGAAGGAGAAGCUGGUCUCCUCCAUCCAGGGUUAACACGUGUGGCUCAGCGCUGGAUGGAGUUUAUGGCUCAGAUUGGUUGUCCUUCUGUUUCUGGAAGCUCUACCCACAUGGUUUCCCGGUUCCUUCUUCCCUCUGUUCUUACUGAGACCAUUUCACUUGUGGCCUCACUGGCAGGAGACACCAGCAUCCGCAUGUUUGAGCAACAGCCAGGUCCAGACCCUGUAAGCUUCACCCCUUGUUCCACUGCACAGCUGCAUCCCCCACCCCGCCCUGGAGCUGAGCGCCAUCUGCUGCUCCUGGGACGGAACUUUUCACAAUGGCGGAGACCAACCCAACAGGCUCCCAAGGCUAUGCAGCGAUUUGAGCCAGGAGUUGAAGGUUCUGGGAGGGAUGCCCCCCGGCAGCGGCUCCUCCUCCUCCACGUUAUGGACACAAAGCUACAACUGCUGACCUAUAACUGGGCCCCAGACCUUGGAGGGGCCCUCAGUCGUGCCCUGGGCCGCCUCUUACAGUGGCAAAAUGCUCGGGCCCACCUUGUCCAUUGCCUGCUCAGCCAGAAACUUGGCCUUUUCCACCACUACGGUCACCUAGACUGCCCCGGGCAUGAUGACAAGGAACCAAAUCCAUUCCUGACCCCAUCUCUGGAGGCUGAAACCCUCAUCCGCAGCCCUGGUCCUCCACCAAGCCGGGAACAGGGACGACUGAGUGGCUCCUCCCGGGGAGGGGCAGGCCUGACCCCUGAAACGAUGCCCUUUGAUGAGGCCUUGAGGGAUAUUGCUGCUGCUCGCCCUGGUCCAGCCCCCCGCCCCCCUGAUCCUGUAACUUACCAUGGACAACAGUUCCUGGAGAUCAAGACUGCAGAACGAAGAGAGCUGGAACGUCAGAUGAAGAUGGAAAAUCUCUUUGUGACCUGGCAGCAGAGGUCUGCCCAGUCCAACAUGCCCAUCAGUGCUGGGGAACUGGAGACCCUGAAGCAAUCCUCACGUCUGGUCCACUACUGUGCUACUGCCCUGCUCUUUGAUCCGGCUUCCUGGCAACAUGGCUCCCCUGAAUCCACAGUGCUCCCUGAGGGGAAGCGCCGCCAUCGCUCUAAUGAGUCAGGGGGUGGAGGCCGGGAGCCUGCCCCAAGCUGUGAGGUUGGGGAACUGCCCACUCCUGGGGCCCGAGAGGAGCCAUGGCUCCGGGAGCUGAGUUCGACCUUCCUGCUGCAGUAUGUACAAUAUCUCCAAAGCACAGGCUUUAUUCUGGUGCAGCUGCGGCCCCCCUCACCCACCCGCAGCACCAGUCGGCCCCGGGCCAUGGCCAUCCUGGGUACUGAGGGUCGAGGCUCUUUUUCCUGUCCCAAGACCAAAAUAGAUGGGAGCCCAAAGAGUGCCAGCUCACCCAUCACCACCUACCACUUGCAGCGGGCUCUGCCUGGAGGCAUUGUGCUCAUGGAGCUGACUUUUCAGGGCUGUUACUUCUGUGUGAAGCAGUACGCAUUGGAGUGUUCCCGGAUCCCCAUGGGGCAGGCUGUCAAUUCCCAGCUCUCCAUGCUAUUCACUGAAGAGUGUGACAAGGUCCGGGACCUCAUGCACGUGCACUCCUUCAGCUACGACUUCCACCUGCGGCUGGCACACCAGCACGUGCUGGGCUCCCACAUGGCCUUGCGCCAGGGCUAUCACCUCACCAGCUUCCUGCGCUGCUUCCUUUCUCACCACCCUGAUGGCCCCAACUUUGGCCGCAACCACAUUUACCAAGGAACCAUGGAGCUCCCCACCCAGCUCAUUGCUGCUCACCAGCUCUACAACUACGUGGCUGACCACGCCAGCACCUACAACCUAAAGCCAUUGCGCAUGGCCCGUCCCGGCGGGGGCCCUGAGCACAAUGAGUAUGCCCUGGUGUCCGUGUGGAACAGUCCGGGCAUCUACCAGGAUUCAGAGGGCCUGCGCCACCAGGAUGACUUCGACGUGUCCCUGCUGGUGUGCCAUUGUGCCGCCCCCUUUGAGGAGCAAGGGGAGGCGGAGAGACACAUGCUCCGCCUGCAGUUCUUUGUGGUGCUUACCAGCCAGCGGGAGCUUUUCCCACGGCUCACGGCUGACAUGCGCCGUUUCCGGAAGUCUCCUCGCCUGGCCUCUGAACCAGAAGGUGCCAGCGGGUCCAGAGGGGGCCCCAGUGAGGUGGGAGGAGCCUCACAAGGGUCUGGCCCCACCCCUGAGCUGGGCUCCGCAGCCCCCCUGUUCCCACCCCUCGCUGCUGAGGUGGCCGUAGCACGGGCGCUGUUGGCACAGCUGGUGCAGCAGGCAGGCAGUCACUGUCGCCGAGACACGCUCUGGAAGCGCCUCUUCCUGCUGGAGCCACCUGGGGCUGACCGGCUGCGGCUGGGCGGGCGUCUGGCCCUGGGGGAGCUGGAGGAGCUGCUGGGAGCCGUGCACGCCAAGUCCAUCGGAGACAUUGACCCCCAGCUGGACUGUUUCCUGUCCAUGACGGUGUCCUGGUACCAGAGCCUCGUCAAAGUCCUCCUGAGCCGCUUCCCCCAGAGCUGCCGCCACUUCCAGAGCCCAGAUUCGGGGACUCAGUACUUGGUGGUGCUAAACCAGAAGUUCACAGACUGCUUCGUGUUAGUGUUUCUGGAUUCUCACUCAGGAAAGACGUCACUCACGGUGGUUUUCCGAGAGCCAUUCCCUGUCCAGCCCCAGAACAGUGAAAGCCCCCCUGCCCAGCUGGUCUCUACCUACCACCACCUGGAGUCUGUGAUCAACACAGCCUGCUUCACCCUGUGGACUCGCCUCCUCUGAACAGGGGGCUUUGUUCCCCAGACCUGCUGACUACCAUGAGUCCUCCUUUAGGAGUUCUCCUGGAGCUGACCAGCCUGGGCCUCUCUCUGGAGGGCCCUGUUGCUGCUGACCACUGGGAGUCCUUCCCUAUGGCUCUCAGACCUACUUGACUCAGGGCCCCUACACCUAGUGACCACUGAGAGCCAACCCCUGGAGGGGCCAGGGCUAAGAACUAAGGUGUGGUGCUCUGACGCUCCCAGGCUUCCACUUGUAGGCAGGGGCUGGACCUGCUGACCCCUGUACCAGCCCAUGCUGGCAGGAGGGGGGAGGGACUGGGCCCACCAGCCACCAUGUGAUGCCCCUCCCUAACUCGACUGGGCACCAUGGGAGGGAGAAGAGAAGAAAGAAGAUUGCCCAGAGCCCUGGGAAUACAGGGUGUACCUGCUGCUAUCCUCAUGGGGCCCAAGGCCUCUCUGCCUCCCCAUGCAGCCUUUGAGCUGUUCACACUGAUCCUGUAGCUUGCCCCAGAUGAGGUCUCCAGCCCUGGCCUGUCCAUUCUCCCUGCAGGCCCUUCCUUUCCGACUUCAAGAGGUUUCCUGAAGUUCUUGCCAAUAGUAGCAGUGGCAGGGAUAGAGAGCCCCCAUGUCCAACCAUGGGGUAGAAGAAGGGAGCAGGCCUAGGCGAGAAUCAGUGAUGAUGGCCAGGCCUCUGCCUCUAGGGGGAGAGCCGCUUCUGUGGGGGGGAAUGGGAACUGGGGGGAGGGGGAGGUCACAGCCAAACUUUUGACUUUUUUGUGACAUUUCCUGACUCCCAUGUGGCCUCUAGGGCUGAGGCACAGAACUGACCUAGGCCUAACCUUCUAGUCAGGGCAGGCAUGUGACACCCCUUAGGGAAAGGUGCCCUGCUGUGAUCCCAGAAGAAAUGAGUGUCCUGAGAUUUGGGGACAGGCAAUCGCAACCCUCUACUCUGUGUGGUAGCUUAUCCCAGGAGUCCAGGCAGCAUGUCCCUGCUAGACUCCCAGCUCACUUCUCAACCUUCCCACUGUCCUCUCUGUCCUCUUCCUCUUUCUUUUCUGCCUUGAUAAGUUCAGCCUGGACACUCCCAAUAAAAUACUGUGACCAAGAAGAA